ACAUUACCAAGUCCCACACAGAAGCCAACGCAGGUGAGCAAAUACUGGGCUUUGUUGUCCCACUUGGGUCUGUCUCCGGCUUCCUCCUUUUCCAUCCUCUCCAGGUCCUUGUGAGAAGGAAUACGAUCAUCCAGCCCAGGAUUUGCUCCGAAGUUGUUGCCUCCUGCGAGCCCCUCACCUACACUGACUGUCCUGACAGGUGACACCGAGGUUCAAGGUCAGUCUACUCCCACGACUAUGGUUUCUGUACGGAAAAAAAAACCUUUUACACGAAUGUUCAGCUGUGUGACAGAAUUCUACACAAACAGAAGCUGGUGACACCUUGACCUCUGCUGCCAUACGCUGAACUCUGGGGAUAUUGGACUUCCACUUGUAAAGAUAAAGAGUUCUUCCCCCAAAGAGGGCCUUGUUUACAUGAUACAGAUCAUGGCCUAGUUAAAGAGAUGCUGCACUGGAAAAAUAAAAAAAAAUAAAAAAUUGUUUGGCCAAGACAAGUCUGCCUUAAGUCCUGAGGGCAGUUAAGGGCAGGAGAGAGAGAGAGCAGUCGGAGGAGGAUAGCAGUGGGCUGGCUGGUACAGCUGCGUGAAUACCGGGCCGAUCCCGUCAGAGGAGCCAUUUGCAUGGAUGCACCAUGGCCACGUUUGUGUGCAGGGUUCAGUUUUUGGAUGACACCGAUCCGUUUAACAGCACCAACUUCCCGGAGCCGACCAGACCCCCGCUGUACACCUUCAGAGAGGACAUCCCGCUCAUCAACCAGAUAGCCGGAGUCCACCGGCUCCUGAAAGCCCCGCACAAGCUCGAUGACUGUGCACUACAGCUGUCUCACAAUGGCACCUAUCUGGACCUGGAGUCGUCCCUGGCAGAAAUGAAGGGCUGUCUUGACGUCUGUCAGCAGGACGACAUGGGGGCCAGAGGGAAGAAGCACAGUGUUAUUUUACGGACCCAGCUUACUGUUCGUGUUCACUCCUGCAUUGAGAGACUGUAUAACUCCAACGGCCGGGACCUGAGACGAGCACUGUUCUCUUUAAAGCAAAUCUUUCAGGAUGACAAAGAUCUGGUCCACGAGUUUGUGAUGGCUGAAGGUCUGACAUGUCUCAUCAAAGUUGGAGCAGAAGCCGACCAGAACUACCAGAACUAUAUAUUAAGAGCUAUGGGUCAGAUCAUGCUGUACGUGGACGGCAUGAACGGUGUCAUCGGUCACGCCGAGACGAUCCAGUGGCUGUACGCUCUGGUCGGCUCUAAGUUUCGUCUGGUGGUAAAAACGGCUCUGAAGCUGUUGUUGGUUUUUGUGGAAUACUCCGAGUCCAACGCUCCGCUGCUGAUAGAAGCCAUCACGACUGUGGACAAUAAGAGAGGUGGCAAGCCUUGGUCCAAUACUAUGGAGAUCCUACAGGAGAAAGACGGCGUGGACACAGAGCUGCUGGUGUAUGCUAUGACUCUCAUCAAUAAGACACUUGCUUCGCUGCCAGACCAGGAUUCCUUUUACGACAUGGUGGAUGGUCUGGAGGAACAGUGCAUGGAGACGGUGUCUCAGAGACACCUGAGCCGCCGAGGCACUGAUCUGGACCUGGUCGAGCAACUCAACCUUUAUGAGAUGACUCUGCGGCAUGAAGACGGUGACGACGACAGCCAGCCUCCACCUACGGGACGCAGAGACCGUCGACGAACCAGCCUCGGGGGCGGGGACAAAAGGCCCGGCCUGGAGAGGAGGCGGAGCCGUAGGGCCUCUCUGGGACGUUCUGGUCACGCCUCCCCGUGCAGUCCAGCGUCCCCGCAAAGAGCCGGCUUCAAGCCAUUUAAUGGCCACAGAGCCGAGGACACGAGUGAGAGGGCACUGUCAGGUUUCCUUCCAUCCAUAGAGGAAUGUGAGGAAGGAGUAGAUGAGGAAGAGGAGGAGGAGGAGGAGGAGGAGGAGGAGGAGACUCCGGUGACUGAGUCUGACUCAGACGAGCAGCCAGUUUCUGAUACAGUGUCUAAUCUAAUCCUUCCCAGUUCGCCGAGAUCCAUUCCGUCCAUUGUUCACAGAACGACCAUCCAGACCAUCACGAUUACUACCAGGAAGGAUAAUUCCAAGUUGGAAGAAGAGAAGAAACCCAGCGGAUCAUCUCCAGCAUCUUCCCAGAAUUCUCCAACUUCUCCUGUUUCUUCAUCUCUUGCAUCCUCCCCUCUCAGCCCCCCUCCCCAGCCCUCACUUCUGGCCACCCUGCUGGCCAGGAAAAGGUCUUCGGUAACCGUUCCCGCUAGCACCGAGGUUAGCCCGCCACCACGAGGCAGCUCUAGUCCUUCUCACCCAGAUCGAUUGCCCUACCUUCCACAUUCUCCCUUCCACCUCUUCUCCUACGACCUUGAUGAGGAGCCGUCGGCUCCGGUCAAAGAAUCUCCGAAACCAACGUCUCCAAGAAAUGGAGGUUUCACGUCCUAUUCUUCAGUUGGGACUCCGACUUCACCUUCCAGCUCCAGGCCUGCUCUUGGAGGUCUUCUAUCGUCCUCCUAUCGCCAACAUCAAGAAUCCCUGGCAGCUGAGCGUGAGCGCCGCCGUGUGGAGAGAGAGGAGAGACUGCAGAGGAUCGAGAGAGAGGAGAGAAAUAAGCACAGCCGCGACUAUGUGGAUAAGAUGGAAGAGGCCAGGCAUGCCCGGGAGGAGAGGUAUAAGAACUUGGAUCGUCUUGCAGCGGAGGAGUACGGAAAGGAACGCGUCCGGGUCUCGAGAACUCGCCCUGAUCUCAGCCUGAACUUUACUCCCUCCGAAUCCUGGCCCUCAUCAUCACGCAGCAGCAGCCCAUCCUCCUUUGUCUCGCAGGAGGACACAGAGGCCGACCUGGAAGCUGAGACCCCCGACGCUGAGUACACGCACACCGAGACUGGCGAAGCUGACGAUUCCGCGAUCGGUGUAGAAACGGGGGAGGAAGAAGAGGCUGCAGCAGAAGAGGAGGAAGAGCAAAAAGAAGAGGAGGAAGUACAAGAGGAAACGACAGCGGACAAGGAAGAAGAAGAAGAGGAGUGCGAGCCGGAACAGCAAAAAGACAAGGAGGAAGCAGAGGAGGACACGGGCAUCCUGAGUGACAAGGAACGGCAGAAUGAGGAAGUAAAUGAGAAAGACAACUGCUCGGCCUCCAGCAUCUCCUCAGCCAGCAGCACUCUGGAACGAGAGGAGAGGGGGAGCAAUGAGGACGGCCUAAAGGAGGCAGAGGAGAACGAGCAGGGCAGCAAACUUCUCAACAGCAAACUCUUCAUGCUGGACAUGCUUUACUCCCAGAACAAGAAGCCUAGUAAUGAGGAGGAGGAAGAAGAAGAUGCGGAGAAGGAAAAAGAAAGAAAGGAAGACAAGGAAACGGAGGAGGACGAUAAGGAGAGGCCCGGCAACGAUGAGGAGAGCAACAAAUCCGAGCAGAGGCGCGGCAUCCGACCACUGGCUGAACGCUUCGGAGAUUUGAUCAAGGACCUCGGCUCGCCCUUCUCCCAUAUAGACACUCCUGCCAACGAGCCCCCUCCCCCUCCACCUAAAAAGGAAUCGGACACAAUCUGGGACCAGCUCCUGGCCAGCCCACGUGAGCUGCGCAUCGGUGACAUCAACUUCACCGACCUGACGGAGGACGACGACAAGGACAUCCUUGAUGCUGUUUUGAUGGGCGGAUGUGGCGACCUCCCGCCCCCGCCUCCUCCGCCGCCGUGUUUUCCUCCACCCCCGCCCAGGUUCGGAGGCUGUCCCCCGCCUCCUCCCUUGCUAGGGAUAGGGAGACCUCCGCCUCCUCCUACCUUUAGCGCACCUAUCCCGGUGCCUCCACCUCCGGAGCCACCUCUGUUCAACAAGAAGAAGAAGACGAUCAGGCUGUUCUGGAGUGAGGUGCGUCCCACAGACUCCCAGUACAGAGACUACAAGCGAAACGGAGACUCCCUCUGGUCCGAACUCGAACCGGUGAAGGUGGACACGGCGAAACUGGAACAACUGUUCGAGUCCAAGUCGAAAGAAAUGCCAGUUACAAAGAAAACGGCGGCGGACGGCAAGCGCCAAGAGAUCAUUGUGCUGGAUUCCAAGCGAAGCAACGCCAUCAAUAUCGGCCUGACGGUGUUGCCCCCUCCUCGCACCAUCAAGACAGCUAUCGUGAACUUCGAUGAGUAUGCGCUCAACAAGGAGGGAAUAGAGAAACUUCUGACCAUGAUCCCAACCGAAGAGGAGAAGCAGAAGAUCCAGGAGGCUCAGUUGGCCAAUCCUGACACCCCACUUGGUUCCGCGGAACAGUUUCUGCUCACGCUCUCGUCCAUCAGCGAACUCUCAGCACGACUCCAACUAUGGGCCUUCAAGAUGGACUAUGAGGCAACCGAGAAGGAAGUAGCCGAGCCGCUGCAGGAUCUGAAGGAAGGUAUGGAGCAGCUGGAGAAGAACAAAACCCUGCGCUACAUCCUCUCUACACUUCUCGCCAUCGGCAACUUCCUGAAUGGCACGAACGCCAAAGGCUUUGAGAUGACAUACUUGGAGAAGGUUCCGGAAGUGAAGGAUACUGUGCAUAAACAGUCUCUGCUGCAUCAUGUCUGCUCUGCGGUGGUGGAGAACUUCCCUCAGAGCACGGACCUUUACUCUGAGAUUGGAGCCAUCACGCGGUCUGCGAAAGUUGAUUUUGACCAGCUUCAGGAAAACCUGUGUCAGAUGGAGCGACGCUGCAAAGCCUCAUGGGAUCACCUCAAAGUGAUCGCGAAGCAUGAGAUGAAGCCCCUGCUGAAACAGAAGAUGUCUGACUUCCUCAAGGACUGCGCAGAGAGGAUUAUCAUCCUGAAGACUGUGCACCGGAGGAUCCUCAACAGGUUCCAUUCAUUCUUGCUGUUCCUGGGCCAUCCAGCCUACAGUGUGAGGGAGAUCAGUGUCCACAGGUUCAGUAAGAUCCUCAGCGAGUUUGCACUGGAGUACCGGACCACCAGAGACCGGGUUCUGCAGCAGAAACAGAAAAGAGCCGACCACCGUGAACGCAACAAGACGAGAGGGAAGAUGAUCAUGGACGUCAACGCUCCUUCUGAUGAUGAAGACGAGAGUGAGUGCAAUCGAUAUGGCUCCAGCAACAGUGCCCCUAGUGUCAACCAAGAACCCGAGCAGUCUCAAGGUCUCAGCCACGCUCAGGACGCCGCAGAGCACGAGAACAUGAAAGCAGUGCUGAGAACCAGUUUGAGUGGAUGUGACAGGGAAGCCACUGGGGUACCAGGGCUUAGGACACGCACAAGAUCACGACCUGGACGAGGAGGUCGAACUAUGCAGGCUUCUACACCGGCCGUGGAGGAGAAACAGAUUUGUGGAGAAGACGAUGCAGACGAGAUCAUGGAGCGCAUCGUGAGGUCGGCCACUCAGGGUCCAGGACCCAGAGCUCAGCCCAGAGAGAGGAGGAGAUCCAGAGCAAACCGCAAGUCAUUGAGACGGACUCUGAAGAACGGUCUUACGCCAGAAGAAGCUCUCGCUUUAGGACUGACUGACUGUCUAGAAACGUAAAUGUGAGCGUCCUCUCCCCGACUGUCCCCCUGGUUGCUGUGGAAGGUUUCUAUGCCACUCCUCCCUCAGCCG